UCCGUUCACAGCUCGCGUCACGGUUCGCGUUUACCUUGUGAUCAGACAAUCUUACGCUUAUAACCCUUUCAACCACCGCAUCCAUUUCCAAUUCAUUCUCUGUUUCUUGUCUUCUCCCUUUUCCCUAAUUCCUUUACCUAGCUCCGAUUUCGCUACAGAAAAUGAGCUGGUGGUGGGCCGGAGCAAUCGGCGCUGCUAAGAAGAAGUUUGAAGAAGAUGAACCUCCGAGGAGCUUUGAGAGCGUAGCCCUGGUGAUCGGCGUUACUGGUAUCGUCGGCAACAGCCUCGCCGAGAUUCUCCCUCUUUCCGAUACCCCCGGCGGUCCAUGGAAGGUCUACGGCAUCGCUCGGAGGCCGAGGCCAACCUGGAAUGCCGACCAUCCCAUCGAAUACAUUCAAUGCGAUAUCUCCGAUCCAGAAGAUGCCGAAGCCAAACUCUCGCAGCUCACUGAUGUGACUCAUCUCUUCUAUGUCACAUGGACCAAUCGACCCACCGAGAUCGAGAAUUGCGAGGCAAACGUUAAAAUGCUUCGCAACGUUUUGCGAUCAGUGAUCCCCAACGCACCGAAUCUCCGCCAUAUCUGCCUUCAAACCGGUACGAAGCACUACCUCGGAUCGCUCCAGAGCAUUGUCGAUAAAUCGGUGCAGCCGCACGAUCCGCCUUUCACGGAGGACUUGCCUCGAUUGGAAGGCCCAAAUUUCUAUUACUCACAAGAAGAUUUGUUAUUCGAAGAGAUUGAACAGUCUCAGAAGAAGGAUCUGACAUGGGCGGUGAUCAGACCCAAUGUAAUUUUCGGGUUUUCCCCUUUUAGUUUGAUAAACAUCGUCGGAACCCUAUGCGUCUACGCCGCCAUAUGCAAGCACGAGGGACGUACGUUGAAAUUCCCCGGCUCCAAAUCGGCUUGGGAGGAUUUCCAGGUGGGGUCCGACGCAGAUCUGAUAGCGGAGCAGCACAUAUGGACGGCGGUUGAUCCGUACGCGAAGAACGAGGCGUUUAACUGCAACAAUGGCGAUGUUUUCAAGUGGAAGCACUUCUGGAAGGUGUUGGCAGAGCAGUUUAACAUAGAAGAUUAUGGAUUCGAAGAUGGGGAGAGAUUGACGUUGGUGGAGUUGAUGAAGGACAAAAGUGAAGUGUGGGAUGAGAUUGUGAAGGAGAAUCAAUUGCAACCAACCAAAUUGGAGGAGAUUACUAAUUGGUGGUUUACAGAUGUAAUUUUCAGCCUCUCAGGUAACAUAGAUAGUAUGAACAAGAGCAAAGAACAUGGGUUUUUGGGCUUCAGGAACUCUAAGAACUCCUUCAUUUCGUGGAUUGACAAGAUUAAGGCUUUCAAAAUUGUGCCUUGAUUGGCCUUGGAACUGUUCGUUUGGAUUUUUUAUCCUGCUAGUCUGAUCCUUUUUCAUGGUUUUGCAAUAAGCUUGAUCAUAGAAAGUGUUGCUUUAUUUACUUUCUUGGUAUCUUUAAAGUGAUUGAGUUAUUUGUGAUUGGAGUCUAUAAAAAUAAUGGAAAAUUCAACGAGUAUUAUCAAUAGCAUUCUAGAAAGUAAUAGUGCUUUAUAAUA